AUGCCUUCUGGUCAUGCCAAGGCCGCCGUCGACGGCACUGUCAUCGCAGAUGCAGCCUCGUAUGAGGUGGUCGAAAACAACAUCUACUUCCCACCAUCUGCCAUCAAGACGGAGUACUUUAGCAAAACCGAUCAUACCACGCACUGUCCAUGGAAAGGAGACGCGAGCUAUUAUACCAUCAAGAUCGGAGACAAGAAUCUCGAGAACGCUGCAUGGUACUACCCUGACACGUUUGAGAAGGCGAACCACAUCAAGGGAUAUGUUGCCUUCUACAAGAACAAGGUAAACAUCACCACUGAAUAG